AUGUCUAACAAGAAGGAAACUUUUCAUCUAUUGGAUGCUUUAUGUUAUAUUGAUGGUGCUGAAUGGAGUGUACAUCAUCCACUCCACACAUCGAUGACUACUGCAGUAUCCGAAACCAUCGACAUAGAGUCAUUUUCAUCAGCAGCAAGUCCCGAACAAGAGGCUUAUCGGCAAUUACAAGUACAAGUACUACAACGACAAAUUCAACACAUGAUUGAAGAGGAAAUGAAAAGUAAUGAUGAGAACAAGAAUCUACAUCCACAGACUUGUCCAGAUUAUAGCCCUUCAUUUCAUUAUUCGGAAUUAGGCUUGGGUGAACAUUUCAACAAGAUGAUGGAGAAAGAAGAAUUUAUUCCGUUCUUGAAUGCUGAUGAGAAGGAGCAAUUCUUGGAAAAUAUCAAGAGACACGAACCAUUGUACUAUUAUCAAACACUUGUAAAUAUGGAAUUAACAAAAGCUUUCGGAGAGGAUACGUUACGAAAAACCAUUGAAAAUUAUCAAAAACAAAUCAAAGUAUUGGAACGAGAAAAAUCAGCCCUAUUGCACGAGAUUGAAAGUGUCAAUAAGAAACGAAAACGCGAACAAUUCGACAUUAAACAUGAAUUCGAUCGACUCACCGAAAAGAACACACAAACCAGCGAGUUGAUUUUCCGAUUGCAACGAGCAUGCUCGGAAUUAGCAGCUCUCAACAAGAAAAUCAAACAAAACAGACAAUUACCAACAACGCCAGAAGCCACCACUGCUGAAUAA